AUGUCCGAUUUCCAAAAACCAAUAAGGAAUGAAUUGUUCCAAAAAUUCGUCAGCUCUAUCAGAAUUUUGUUAAUCAAGAGCCGUAUUUUUGGCCUCGUUACUUUCACACCUGAUCAAUCAAAUUUCCGGCCUUCAAAUCGCCGAAUUUUUUUCAACAUUGUAUUUAUUUUUAUUUACCUACCAAUAAUUUUGUACUGUAUAUACAUAACUGCAUUUUCCGAAGAUCUUUACAUGAUAUAUAAAACCACCAAUAUCAUAAUCUUGGGCUUGAAUGUAGUUUACGUUGUAACAUCAUUGAUUUGUGCAAUAACAAAACGCGAUAUGUUUGUCGAGUUUUUAUUGAAACUUGUUGAUUUUGAUACAAAGAUCCAAACAAUGAACAUUAAAGUGAAUUACAACAAAAUCCACAGAAAAAUUAUGAUCCCUUGUUUGGUCAGGAUUGGUGUUUUAACUGUGAUUAUUAGUACUUUGGCAAUUAUGGCUAAUUUGAAUGGCGAUGAGAUGAUCGUGGAAUCUAUGGCAUAUAUUCUGCUAGUGAUGAAUUCAGCUGUUUGCCAUCAAAGCAUCGAACUGGUCAAAAUGUUAAAAAUCCGUUUUGUAAUUUUAAACAAGCAGAUAAAUAAUUUGAUCGACUAUUUCCAAAAAAAUAAAAUUAGUACCGUAGAGAUGAAAAGUACUAACAAGCAAUUAAAUACACUGAAUAAGAUUUGUGCCCUACACCACCAUUUAUCCAAAAUGAUAAAACUGUUUAAUGACACAUUUGGGAUAGUUCUACUUCUUAUGUUUGGAGUGAGUUUUGUUGUUAUCGUCAUUAUGACAUUUUUUUUCACUGGUAUAAUCCAGGCGGGCGAAUUGUAUUUUAUGACUUUACUAAAUCCAAUUUUGUCAACUAUAACAUUUAUUAUUGAUGUUGUGUUUGUUUGUGAUGUAAGUUAUUCGACUAUAGAAGAGGCAAAUAAAGCAGGAGAACUGAUUCAUAAAAUUGAGACAGAAGAUCACGAUAUCAGAGACGAAAUUGAAAUGUUUUCUCUACAAAUUGCCAAUGAACAAGUGGAAUUUAAUGCAGCUGGGUUUUUUCCAAUUAAUUAUACUUUAGUUUUCUCUAUCCUUGGGGGUGUUACCACUUACAUCAUCAUAUUAAUUCAAUUAGCCGCAUCACUCGCUGAGUAA